GGAACAGACGAUAUCCAUGACGGGUACUAUAUUCCAAAAGGCUCCUUAGUAAUGCCUAACAUUUAGUUGGUGCUCCCCUUCGAUUGACGCACCUAAUAUAAUGCUCUUGAUUGCGACAGGUUCAUGCUUAACGAUCCACAGACCUCUGCUAACCCCUCGCAAUUCAAUUCUGAACGCUUCUUAGCUAGGGAUGGAGAGGAACCCGAGACAGAGCCUCGCACAAUGUGCUUCGGCUUUGGUAGACGUAUUUGUCCAGGUUUUCACGUUGCUAAUGUUUCCAUUUGGAUAUCCACUGCAAUGUCACUGGCCGCGUUUGAUAUUUCCAAGGUUGUUGAAAAUGAUGUUGAGAUCACCUCUGAGGUGGAAUCCUUACCGGGUGUGGCCAGCCACCCCAAACCCUUUAAGUAUUCUAUCAAACCUCGCUCUGCAACUGCCCUUGGGAUCAUUGAGCAAGAUAUUUAACUACUAAGCUCACGAUAGUGAGACCGGAAAAACGCGCGGGGAUGACACACUUCGCAUCAUAUGUUACACUCAGG